UGUCUCCAAGCUCUCAAUCAAAUUCAAACACCUGAGAUCUGAGAUUUCUUUCCAAUUUUUCAUAGUCAAAGUCUCAUUAAUCAAAUUCUUUCCAUAUAUCUUUCCCUUUAGAGCCUGCUAAUACUAAGAAGCUAGCAGCUGCAACAUUUCAGGGCCUGAAGGAAAAUUCCAAGAGAGCAAAGAUGAAUGAUCUGAUGACCAAGUCCUUUAUGAGCUAUGUAGACCUCAAGAAAGAGGCAAUGAAAGAUCUUGAAGCUGGACCUGACUAUGAUCUAGAAAUGUCCUCCACAGCAAACACCAUGGACCAAAACCUUGGCCUAUUCCUUGAAGAAGCUGAGAAAGUGAAGCAAGAGAUGGCAGUAAUCCGCGAACUCUUAGGCAAGCUCCAAGAAUCCAAUGAAGAAAGCAAGUCACUCCACAAACAGGAGUCCUUGAAGGCUUUGCGGAACAAAAUCAACAAUGACAUUGUCACCGUGCAAAAGAAGGCCAGGACCAUCAAGUCACAGCUUGAAGAAAUGGACCGUGCCAAUGCAGCUAAUAAGCGCCUUUCAGGGUGCAAGGAAGGCACCCUUGCUUACAGGACUAGGAUUGCUGUCACCAAUGGCUUGCGCAAUAAGUUGAAGGAGCUCAUGAUGGAUUUUCAAGGUUUGAGGCAGAAGAUGAUGACAGAGUACAAGGAAACUGUGGGGCGAAGGUAUUAUACAGUGACUGGAGAGAACCCUGAUGAGGAAAUCAUUGAGAAGAUCAUUUCUGAUGGUAAUGGGGGCGAAGAGUUCUUAACGCGUGCAAUACAAGAGCAUGGUCGAGGGAAGGUGUUAGAGACGGUGGUUGAGAUUCAGGACAGGCAUGACGCUGCUCAAGAGAUUGAGAAGAGUUUAUUGGAGCUGCACCAGGUGUUUUUGGACAUGGCGGUUAUGGUGGAGGCACAAGGGGAGCAAAUGGAUGAUAUUGAGCACCAUGUGAUGAAUGCAAGCCAUUAUGUGAAGGAUGGAUCCAAAGAGCUCAACACAGCAAAGCAGUACCAGAGGAGCAGCAGGAAGUGGAUGUGUAUUGGGAUCAUUCUUCUGUUGCUGAUCGUUCUUGUGAUUAUCAUUCCAAUUGCCACUAGCUUUAGCAGUUCCUGAAUUGGAUGUUGUUACAGAGGAUUUAAUGUCCAGUUAUUCCUUCUGGUUUCUUUUCACUUUGAAAAAUGUAAGAUCUGGAGUUUGCACAAGUUGGCUGUCCUUAUGUUUGGGACUGGCUAGAUGGAGUGUUGAGAUAUUUUUUUUUUUCUCAUUCUUUUAUUGUUGAGAUUCUUAAAAUUCAAUGUGCAAUGGAAGUCUACCAAAGUUAAUAGCUGUUGCAA